AUGACGACGACUGCGUCGACUGACGACCACGGCGACCGCACCUCCUCGCCGACCGCUUCCACCUUCUCGACCGAGACCGCGAACGCUAUCGCCACUCUUCCCGAAGACAGCUCCGCCUACGACGACGCGAAGAGCAAGGCGACGUCUAUCAAGAGCGCCGCGAGGUCGAGCAGGUCGAAGCUGGUCGAGUUGGAGGACGAGGAGACGGCUUCGAUCCGGUCAGAGGGCUUCGCGAAAUCGCCUACGACUUCGACAGCGCCCAUCUUGGCGGUCACUGCGGCGGAGGAUGAACUGCAGCGUACGCCGACGAGGGGUGUGACGCCCGAACAGGGCCGCCAGUCGUCGCAGGUGGACGAGGUGGAGGAAUCGGAGAAGCCGCUUCCUGUUCUUCCAGCCACGAAGGCCUCGAGUACUUACGACGAGGAGAGCCUCAGCUCCAGCAAGAACAGGUCGGAUGUCGCAAUCGAUAUGAGCAAGACCAGCUCGACGACCUAUCCGCCCAUCAAGGCUGAGCUACCGACAUCUACGCCUGUUCCUCAUGACGAAGUUGUCGCCAUUGCGCCGCCGGACGGCGGGCUACGCGCCUGGCUCAACGUUCUCGGCGGCUUCCUCAUCCUCUUCGCCUCGUUCGGUCUCGUCACAGCGUACGGCGUCUUCCAAGCGUACUACAAGCAGGCCUUCUUGCGCGACCACUCCGAAAGUGCCAUCUCCUGGAUCGGCUCCGUUCAGCUCUGCCUCUUCUUCGUCAUGGCGCUUGUUGCCGGGCCGCUCUUCGACAAAGGCCGGUUCCGCUUGCUCAUUAGUCUCGGAUCUGCGCUCUGGAUUCUCUCCAUCUUUCUCAUCCCGCAGGCCACGAAGUACUGGCACACCAUGAUCAUCCAAGGCGUCCUCGGCGGGCUCGGCGUCGGCCUUCUCUUCCUUCCUGCGCUCAGUAUCCAAAGCCAUUGGUUCGAACGUCGCCGUGCCCUUGCUAUCGGACUCGUCGCGAGUGGAACGUCGAUCGGCGGUAUCGUCUUCCCGAUCAUGCUCAACAAGCUCAUCGUCAAGCCCGACGUCGGCUUUGCGAACGCCGUCCGCGCAGCCGGCUACCUUGUCGCCGCCCUCCUAGUCAUCGCGAACCUCAUCAUGGCGCCUCACCCUGCCCGCGCCCUCGCGAAGAAGCCGCCUCACCCGCCUCUCAAGCAGAUCUUCAACCCGACCUACACAUUCUUCGUCAUCGGUGCCGCGAUUCUCGGCUUUGGCUGCUGGAUGCCGAAUUUUUACAUCCAAGUCUACUUCAAGGUGCACGGCGCAUCCGCGAACGCGACCUACUACUCGCUCGCCAUGUUCAACGCCGGCUCGUUCCUCGGGCGCACACUUCCCAACCUCAUCGCCGACUUUGUCGGGCCUUACAACGUCACCGUCUUCUGCUGCACCUGCGCAGCCGUCAUCCUUUUCUGCAUGCACAUCAUGACGAGCCAGCCUGCCCUAAUUGCGUUUGCCAUCCUUUACGGCUUCUUCUCAGGCGGCUUCAUCUCGCUCGUUUCGCCGCUCAUCGUCAGUAUCUCGGACCACCUGGGCGAGAUUGGUCUCCGCCAAGGCAUCGCGUUCCUCUGCAUGGCGGCAUCCGCGCUUGGCGGCAACCCCAUCGUCGGAAGGCUGCUCGGGAAUCACCAUGGCGACUUCCUCUACCCGAUCGUCUUCUCCGCGACGAUGCUCCUCGGUGGUACCGCCAUUACGGCCGUGGGACAGGUCCUACAGAUGAAGAAGAAGCGCACUUGGAGGGUCUGA